AUGACCCCGAGUAUUGCCAUCAUUGGUGCUGGGCCCUGUGGCUUGACCUUGGCCCGCCUUCUGGAGUGUAAUGGCAUCGACUACGUUGUCUAUGAGCGCGACGAAUCCGAGGACUCCAACCGCAGAGGAGGCAGCCUGGACAUCCACGCAGAGACUGGACAACGUGCCCUGAAAGAAGCAGGUCUUUUUGAAGAAUUCAAGAAACAUGCGAGAUACGAUGACGCCGUCCUCACGCUUGCCAACCAGCAGGGCGAGAGAGUCUUUCAGGCCGGCCAAGGGCGUGAUGCGCCGGAAAUCGAUCGCGUUGCGCUACGCCAGAUUUUGCUGGAUUCGAUCCCGAAAGACAAGAUUCGAUGGGGCCACCUUCUCAAGGGCACGACGCAGGAUGAAGAUGGCCAUCAUAUUCUCCAAUUCAUGGAUGGGGCUUCGGCCUCCGGGUUCAAACUUGUCAUUGGCGCAGAUGGUGCUUGGAGUAAAGUGCGGCCUUCGGUAACAGAGGCCAAGCCAUUGUACUCGGGCAACCAUUAUAUCGAAUCAAGAAUAAGCCCCAAUAGCCCUUACUAUUCGACGAUGGUUUCAAAAGUAGGCGCAGGCACCUUGAUGUGCUUGGGCUCUUCGAAGGAAAUCGUCACUCAACGACAGGGAGAUGGAUCUUACAGAAUCUAUCUUGGGAUAACUGUGCCCGAAGACUUUGUACGAGGUGGCACUGUCAACCUGACGGAUACUGAAUCCACACGCCGCCUAUUCCUCUCUUCGGCAUUCUUUGGCGACUGGGCGGAUGACCUCAAAGACCUGAUUCGGUAUUCGGACGACUUCCGCAGUUGGCCGCUUUACUACAUGGACCCUGAAGCGGUUAGCUGGAAGACUGUCCCUGGCCUCACAUUGGCUGGAGACGCUGCGCACGUCGCUGUUCCGAACGGCGAGGGUGUCAACUGUGCCAUGGCAGAUGCGCUUGUACUUGCCUCCAAGCUUGAGGCAUACGGCACAGAGAACUUGGAUCGCGCUGUUGCAGAGUAUGAGGAUGACAUGUUCCGUCGUGGAGCUGAACAUAUAAGGGAUGGUCAGAAAAUGGCGGCUCUUAUUCGACACGAAGAUGGUCCCGCUGCACUGAUCUCAUUCUUCAAUGAGGUGAUGGCGAGUGCAGCGGCCCAGGCUCCAUGA